CCCACAGUGGGGUGCCAUCAUGAAAGAUCUGUAGGAGAGAGGCCUGAAGGGGACGGGCAGAGGAUGAAGCCUCGGAGACCAACUUCUUUCCCAAGGGAGGUAGCAAGUGUGGAGCCAAGCUCUACCUCAGUAUGCAGGCCGGAAGGGAAGCCUGAGACACAGCAGAAAGCCAUGAGCCGGCCAGACUCUGAGCCGGCCUGGCCAGCAUCAGCCGUGCUGCAGGGACUGGGAACCCCACAGAAGCCAAGUCUCCCGAGCGAGCCUGCCCAGCACGAGGCCGAAUCCCAGCAGGAACCGAGAGGUCAACAGAAAUCUGCUCUCCAGGCCCGCCUGGCCCCAGUCGCCUCCACUGCACAAGAAUCACCCCCCCAGAAAGCGCACUUAGCUCAACAGGAAGCCACCUCCCACCAGCCCGGGACGGGAAGAGAGUCCGUAAGCCAACAGGACGAACUCGGAGAAGAGCAGGUGGGGAUGCCCGGGCCUGGGCCCAGAGAACCACCUCUGGGUCCACAGCAGGUGGACACAUCUGCGGCCCAGGCUGCAUCUGGAGCCGUCCCCAAACUCCACACCCAGCCUGCCUCUGGACCCCAAGAGAGACCGGAGCUGGCCACAGCCCAGCACACCCCGCUGGACCAGAGAGCCAAGUCCAAGCACGGACCUGUGGCGGAGUCGGGCUUCCUGACACGGCUGCACGAGCUCUCCGUUCCGAGGAGCGCCCACGAGUGGAGGGCCUUUUUUGACUGGGUCACAGACUCUGACACAGAGGCACAACUGAGCCCGUCCUCAAGCCCAGUUCCUCCCAAGCCGAGCUGUGCAACAGUGGGCCCGGGACCGUCACUGCCCUUCAAACGGAAGCCUGACUGUGAAAAGAUGGCAGGCUCUGGUGGGAAGUCGCAUGGUAAGAAAGCCACCCUCCAGGGUCACACACAGCACUGGGGCACAGCCUCUGCGUUCUCACACAACAUGGAUCUCCGCACAAUGACGCAGUCACUGGUGACACUCGCAGAAGACAAUAUGGCCUUCUUUUCAAGCCAGGGCCCGGGAGAGACCGCGCGGCGGCUGUCCAACGUCUUUGCAGGUGUUCGGGAACAGGCGGUGGGGCUGGAGCCGACGCUGGGCCACCUGCUGGGCGUGGCCCACAAGUUUGACCUGGACACAGAGACGCCAGCUAAUGGAUACCGUAGCUUGGUACACACAGCCCGCUGCUGCCUGGCACACCUGCUACACAAAUCCCGCUACGUGGCCUCCAACCGCCGGAGCAUCUUUUUCCGCGCCAGCCACAACCUGGCAGAGCUGGAGGCCUACCUGGCCGCCCUCACCCAGCUGCGAGCUCUGGCCUACUACGCCCAGCGCCUGCUGGCUAUCAACCGGCCAGGGGGGCUCUUCUUUGAGGGCGAUGAAGGACUCACAGCUGACUUCCUGCAGGACUAUGUCACGCUGCACAAAGGCUGCUUCUAUGGCCGCUGCCUGGGUUUUCAGUUCACGCCCGCCAUCCGGCCAUUCCUGCAGACUCUCUCCAUCGGGCUGGUGUCCUUCGGGGAGCACUACAAACGCAACGAGACAGGCCUCAGUGUGACUGCCAGUUCCCUCUUUACUGGUGGCCGAUUCGCCAUAGACCCAGAGCUGCGAGGGUCGGAGUUUGAGCGGAUUAUCCAGAACCUGGACGUGCACUUCUGGAAGGCCUUCUGGAACAUCACUGAGAUCGAGGUGCUGUCGUCUCUGGCCAACAUGGCAUCAACCACUGUGAGGGUAAGCCGCCUGCUCAGCCUGCCACCUGAGGCCUUUGAGAUGCCACUAACCUCUGACCCCACGCUCACAGUUACCAUCUCACCUCCCUUGGCACACACGGGGCCAGGGCCUGUGCUGGCCAGACUCAUCUCAUACGACCUGCGGGAAGGACAGGACAGCAAGAUACUCAACAGUCUGGCGAAGUCUGAGGGCCCACGCCUGGAGCUGCGCCCGCGGCCCCAACAAGCACCCCGCUCUCGGGCCCUGGUUGUCCACAUCCACGGUGGUGGUUUUGUGGCACAGACCUCCAAAUCCCACGAGCCCUACCUCAAGACCUGGGCGCAGGAGCUGGGCGUCCCGAUCAUUUCCAUUGACUACUCCCUGGCCCCUGAGGCCCCCUUCCCCCGGGCCCUCGAGGAGUGCUUUUUCGCCUACUGCUGGGCUGUCAAGCACUGUGCUUUGCUGGGAUCAACAGGAGAGCGGAUCUGCCUGGCAGGGGAUAGCGCAGGGGGCAACCUCUGUAUCACGGUGUCCCUGCGGGCGGCGGCCUACGGGGUGAGGGUGCCAGAUGGCAUCAUGGCAGCCUACCCCGUGACCACCCUGCAGUCCUCCGCCUCGCCCUCCCGUCUGCUGAGCCUCAUGGACCCUCUUCUCCCACUGAGCGUGCUCUCUAAGUGUGUCAGCGCCUACUCAGGAGCGGAGAUGGAAGAGCACCCUGACUCCGACCAGAAGGCGCUGGGCAUGAUGGGGCUGGUGCAGCGGGACACCUCCCUGCUCCUCCGAGACCUCCGCCUGGGCGCCUCCUCCUGGCUCAACUCCUUCCUGGAGCUAAGCGGGCGCAAGUCCCAGAAGAGCUCAGCGCCGACACCUGAGGCGGCGCGCCCCACGGAGACCAUGCGCAGGAGCGUGUCGGAGGCCGCCCUGGCCCAGCCCGAGGCCCUGCUGGGCACAGACUCCCUGAAGGCCCUCACCAUAAAGGACUUGGGCUUUAAGGGAAGCUCGGAGACGUCAGACACGCCAGAGAUGUCGCUGUCCAUGGAGACGCUCGGCCCCGCCACGCCCUCCGACGUCAACUUCUUCCUGCGGCCUGAGAAUUCCACGGAAGACUCCUCCGAGGCCACCGACGACCUGAGCCCCAUGGGCAGAGGCCCGCACGCGCGCACCGCCUUCCCCGAGGGCUUCCACCCGCGCCGCUCCAGCCAGGGCGUCCUGCACAUGCCCCUCUACUCGGCGCCCAUCGUCAAGAACCCCUUCAUGUCUCCUCUGCUGGCCCCGGACAGCAUGCUCAAGACCCUGCCGCCCGUGCACAUAGUGGCGUGCGCUCUGGACCCCAUGCUGGAUGACUCCGUCAUGUUCGCCCGGCGGCUGCGCGACCUGGGCCAGCCCGUGACCCUGAACGUGGUGGAGGACCUGCCGCACGGCUUCCUGAGCCUGGCGGCGCUGUGCCGCGAGACCCGGCAGGCGGCCGAGCUGUGCGUGCAGCGCAUCCGGAUGGUCGUCAGCCCGCCGGCCGCGCCGCUGGUCUGAGCGGGCACGGGGAGGGGGCACUAAAGCACCUCUUACUCCAGCUCCGGCCUCGUGCUCUGCGGCCCGCUCGGGCUGGGCGGGGCGGGGCGGGCCGAGCCUUCCCCGGGACCGCGGGCGGGCGGGGCCGGGGGUCGCUGCCGGGGAGGGGGCGCGCCCGCACGGUCCCCGCCGACCCUCACACUGCCUUCUGCUGCUGCUGUAGCCGACGCCGUCGGCCUCCUGUAAAUAAAAGUUGUUGACUA